GCUGGUUACCAUGUAUUAGACGAAUGGGCGUAUAUUCAGACUUAUGUAAAAUAGUAUCAUGUACUUCGUAUCAUACUUAAAGUUGCGAUCCAAUGGCAAGGAGAGGAUUUGUGAUAGCCAGGCCCCACCAGCCACAUCAAAUUAUCGAAACUCACAAGAUGGCAGUUAGGCCAGGAAGGCUCGGGACAUGGCUUAAAAUGCUUGUUGUCGGCGGCGCAGUUUGCGUAGGAGGCCCCGCGUUCGUCAUGUGGGUGCACCCGACCGACGAGGAACUCUUCAAGAAGUAUAAUCCGGAGCUGCAGAAGAAAAGCUUGGAGCGGCGGUACGAAAAGCAGAAGGAAUUCGACGACUUCGUGACCCAGCUCAAGGAAUAUUCAAAAUCAGAUAAACCGAUAUGGGUGGUACAGGAAGAAGCCGCACGAAAGCGGAAGGAAGAGAUGUUGCGGCAAGACUUCUCAGAAGCCGAAGAAGCAAAGGCGAGAAAAGAGGCCUUGAGGAAGGAGUCCGGACUAUCGUCUAGUUCUAAUAAUUGAAUGAUACCGCCUAUACGUUUUACGAGACACAGUUGUAUUAUAAGAUACUGAGACGGAAUCUUGGAAUAAAAAAAAGGGGGGAAAGGCCGGGGUCAAAAGGCAUUAUAACACGG